UAUAUAUUUCCAAAAGGAUUGUCGACACAGGCCAGUGUCUAAGCAACAAUCGACCCAAUUGCAUCGAAAAAAAAUAUACUUGUAGCAUAUUGUAGCAUCGAAAAAAAUAAACUUGUAAUUUGUAUUAACAGUGAAAUAAUUAAAAAUGAGUUUAGUAAGACAAAAUUUUCACGAGCAGUGUGAAACUGGUAUCAAUAAGCAAAUUAAUUUGGAAUUGUAUUCGAGUUAUGUAUAUCUUUCCAUGGCAUCAUAUUUUGCAAGAAGUGACGUUGCACUUCCAGGUUUACAUGAUUAUUUUAAAAAAUCAUCAGAUGAAGAACGUGAACAUGCUAUGAAAUUGAUAACAUAUCAAAAUAAAAGAGGUGGUACUGUUGUAUUCAAAGAUGUCAAAGCUCCUGAACAAACAACUUGGGCUACAGCAAAAGAAGCUAUGUCAGCUGCAUUGGAUCUUGAAAAAAUAGUUAAUACUAGUUUAUUGGAACUUCAUGGAUUGGCAUCAACUCAUAAUGAUGCACACUUUGAAGAUUUUUUGGAAAGUGAAUUUUUACCAGAACAGGUUGAAUCAAUCAAGGAACUUGCUGAUCAUAUCACAAACCUUGAACGCGUCGGUGAAGGUCUUGGUGUUUAUAUGUUUGAUAAACAUAUUAACGAAUAAUUUCUUUUACUUAUAUAACACAUGAUUAUUAACGACAAAUAUAAUAUAAUAUACUUGAAGAUAAAAAUUAAAAUUUCACGGUCAAGUAAUCUAUCGAUACAUAUUGAAAUUAAAAAAAAAUUUUCUUAUUAUUUUGUAAUUUUUAAAAGAGAAUUAAGUAAUUUAAUAAUUAUGUAAUCAUCCAAUGUAUUAUUUAAUCAUCAAAUCAUUUUUAAUAAAUAAAAAUUGAUUUAAAAAAAUAAAAAAAAUGAAAUAAUUUUUCUAUUAAUAGACAUGAAGUCCAUCACUUAUCAGCUGUUAUUUUUAAAACUUUUUUUUUUUUAAUCAUUUUCCUUGUUUUUAUAAAUAAAUAUUUCCUCGUUUAUUAUACUUGAAAAAAUAUUUUUAUUUAACGAGCUAUUUGACACAUUUAAAAUAUAUAAAAAAAAAUAAAAUGUUUAUUAAUAAAUUAUUUAAAUAUGUAGCUACUAAUAAAAAUAAUAAUUUAUAUACAAAAU